GUUGUAGUACUAGAUGAGCCUCUCAAAGCUUUUUUUCUCUUUCUAAAUUUUACGAACGCCAUGAGCAGUCUAUACUUACUACGUCUGUGUUCACUAUUAUUGCCGGCUUUGAUUCUAUAGGUUAUGUGAUAUGACGUACAUGAGGAGUUGAUAUCACAUUUAUCGUAUAAAUUAACUGUAAAUAUUUCUAAAAGAAAAUAUAUUUAAUUAUUUGUCAUAAUGACAAAUCAACGACCAAUUUCUUGUGGAUUGGAUUUUUGCUGUGCUGUAAAUCUACUUGAUUGUUUAGCAUACGCGACCAAUUUGAAGUAUCAUUUUGUGUGCGCUCCUUUGGUUCAUCCUUUAUUCAAAAGAGAAUUUAUCUCUGGCCCUGCAAAAAGUCGUGCAGGUCCAUUUACUAGACCUGAUUUAAUUUUAAAUAGUUCAGAUUGGAAUAACUUAAUAAUUGGCAAAUUUUCACCAUUUAUCAAUGUGGAUUCAUCUAAUUCAAUUAUUAGAAAAAAUAGCGAAGAAACUUUAAAUCAAGAAUUAAGCCUAGCUAGUCAUUUUGGCUUAUCAGGAAUAACUUUCAAAUUAAAACAUGGGACAGACAAAAAUAUCAAUCUUGCAAGAAUCAUUUCUGAUAAAAUAACAAAUAACAAUUGCACUUUUCAGGUGUGGGUACAAGUUCCUAUGGAAAAUCCAAUUAGACAAACCUAUUCUUAUAGAACAGAGGAUUGUCUAGUAGAAGAGAAUCCAUGGGAAUGGUGGAAUUCGUUUAGAGUAAUAUGUGAUUACAAUAAAAAAUUAGGAGUUGCGUUAAUUGUUAGCCAGGAUUUGCCUGAACAGGAAGAGAUUGAUAGAUGGCUUGGAGAACCAGUGAGAUGCUUAAUACUCCCGACAACAAUAUUUUUAACUAAUAAAAAAGGAUAUCCGGUAUUAAGUAAAGCACAUCAAACCAUAGUAAAAAAAUUUGCUACAUUAGAAGUACAAUUUAUUUUAACAGGCGUGACACGUUACCAAACUAUUGGCUAUUAUCAUAAUUAUCUUGAUUAUUUAUGGAAGGGAUGUCAAACUAAUGGAACAGUGGAAAGAUUCGCUCGAGGUUAUGAGGACUAUCUGCAAUGUCCACUGCAACCUCUAAUGGAUAAUCUCGAAUCACAAACUUAUGAAAUAUUCGAGAAGGAUCCUGUAAAGUAUCGAGAGUAUCAAAAUGCUAUAUAUGCAGCUAUUAAAGCAACUAUACCUAAAAUGGAGGAAAAGGAAAGAAAAAUAAUCAUUAUGGUAGUUGGUGCUGGAAGAGGGCCGCUUGUAAACUCAUCUCUAAAUGCUGCCAAAAUGGCCAACCAGGAAAUAAAAGUAUAUGCAGUGGAGAAGAAUCCUAAUGCCGUGAUAACCUUGCAGGCUCUUCAGAGAGAAAUAUGGAAAGACAAAGUUACAGUAGUAUCAUCUGAUAUGAGAGACUGGAAUCCACCAGAAGAGGCAGAUAUUAUUGUUUCUGAAUUACUCGGGUCCUUUGGCGACAAUGAACUGUCGCCAGAAUGUUUAGAUAACGUAAUGAAGUUCUUAAAAGAAGACGGAAUUAAUAUACCGCAAUCAUAUACUUCAUAUAUCGCUCCUAUACAGUCUUCUAAACUGUAUAAUGAAGUGAGACAACUUAGAGAUAAAGAUAAACAUAUGUUAGCUCACUUCGAAACUCCGUAUGUGGUACAUUUUCAAAAUAAAUAUGACAUAGCAAACCCAAAACCACUUUUUACAUUCAAACAUCCGAAUACAGAUACCGUCACUGAUAAUUCGAGAUAUGAAACAAAAACCUUUUUAGUGGAUCAAAACUGCGUAUUACAUGGAUUUUCGGGAUAUUUUACAACAAUUCUAUAUGAAAAUAUUACAUUGAGCAUAGAACCUAGUACAUAUAGCCCAGAUAUGUUCAGCUGGUUUCCAAUCUUCUUUCCACUUAAGGAACCAAUACAAUUGAAGGCAGGAGAUGAAAUAAGAGUUCAUUUUUGGCGUAGAUGUAAUUCUAAAAAAGUGUGGUAUGAAUGGUGCCUCAGUAAGCCCAUACCGAUUUCAAUCCACAAUUCAACUGGACGUUCUUCCACUAUCGGAUUAUAACGUGACUAGUUUUAUUCUAUUCAUGUAAGAAAUUUUUGACAACACAAUGGUGUAAUUAUCAAAUUUAGACUCUAUAAUUCAAUUUUUAUAGAAAAUAUUUUUACUAAAGAACAUCUUUAGGCAGCAUUACAUAUAAAUGCAUUUUUAUAUUAGUUUUAUUUGUGAUAAGUAAAGUUGCCUAAUGUGACAAAAAUCUAGCAUUAAUGUAAAAUCAAUUAAUAACAAUCAAUAACAAAAAUUUAUAUAACCUUAAUACCAUAUAAACUAGUAUAAAUUUUUUUAUUCAUGAUGAAUAAUGUGAAAAACAUUUCUAUGACAAUUUAUUAAUUUCUUUAUUUGCAUUUUGGAUUUUCUUUUUUUUUUAUUUUAUUUUUUUUUUGUUGCUUGAAUAUAUUCAGCAAUAUCAAGAAAAACGAUAAAAAAUAAUAAAGAAAUACAUAAGUAAAAGAUGUUUGUGUAAAAGAUACAAUAUAUAUGAAUAUUUCCUUGAAUGCACAUAGGUUUUUUAUACAUAGAUACUCGAAUAUAUAUAUAAUUAUAUAUAUAUAUAUAUAUGUGUGUGUGUGUGUGUAUGCGUGACACUGAUCUCUUAGGUCAUUGAUAUGGUAGAAUUUCAUAACAUACAUUACGAGAUAUUUCAAAGUAUACUGAUAUUAUCGCCUUAAACUCACGUGAUUGAAUGCACGGUUCGGAUAACAUUGUAUAAAUGUUCUACAUAUUGUAACAUAUUUCAUCAUUAUCCAUACAAUAUAAUUUCAAAUGUGCAUAUGUAUGUAUGUAUGUUUAAUGUUUAUAAAUUCUGUUUGAUUCAAUC